GCUCCUCCCGCUGCUGUAGGGGCAACUGUUAAGGAUCUCUCUUCUGCUACGCGUGUUUCUUAACAGCUCCUAAACACUUCUCUGUAAACUUGGUCCCCUUUUUGUCUGCCUGUUGACCUUCGAAUCAUCUGGAACUUAAUCCACUCUCGUCAUCAGGCGGUCACUUACAAAUCAGAGGACAUAUUUCUUUGUGAGAAAGAGGUAUAGAAGCCUUUUUCUUGAGAUCUCUUACCAGAUUCUGCACAGAAGGACCCAUUAUCAAACAGCCUCACAGUCAUCCAUCAAGAUGCAGUCCUCAGACCCUCGUCACUUCUUCGAGACCGAUGCGGAGAUCGCAAAGAGGGAGAGGAGAGAAGCCAAGACCAGUAACACCUAUGGCAAUCUCAUCAAGCUCAAGUCCAAGAUCCUCGGGGCCGUUGUUGACUCCCGUGCUCCCUCUUCGGCCAUUUUCGUAGCCGAGUCCGCGGGAUCAGUCCGAAGAGUCCAGGUGGACGGUGAGGGAGACACAAGGACAGUCUACCGCGGUCCCACGACACCCGUCAGUUGUGUAGCUGUUGGUGGUCCCGGAAACAAGACCGUCUUUGCCGGUGCCUGGGACAAGAACAUCUGGUCCUGGGACAUUGACACCAAGGCUCCGGGCCGCAAGUAUGCUGGUCACUCCGACUUCGUCAAAGCCAUCGUUUGCGCAAAGCUCGGUGGAAAAGACGUUCUGGUCAGCGGUGGUGCCGACAAGAAGAUCAUCGUUUGGGAUGUUGCAACCGGCUCCAAGCUACAUGUGCUGCAGGACAGCGUGGUGAACAUGCUCAGCAUCCAGGACCUGGUUGUUGACCCUGCUUCCUCGUCAGAGGAUGAGUUGUGUAUCAUCAGCGCCAGCAGCGACCCGCACAUCCGCCGUUGGAAGAUUCGUCUAGAUGGAUGGGAGCAGUUCGCGGAGCCUGACCCUGCUACCCCGGCGGCAGAGCGACAUACCAUCCUCGAGCACGAGACAACUGUCUAUAAGCUUGUCAUUGAUCACGACGGCGACGAGGUCGACCUGUGGUCCGCGAGUGGUGAUGGAUCCGCCAAAUGUCUCUCCAGAAUCAAGGGCUUCACUACUGACGACACUUUUGAGCACGGCGACCACGUCCGUGCUGUGGCGGUUACAGAUCAAUGGGUCAUCACCGCUGGACGUGAUGAAGACCUCAAGGUCUGGGACCGGACUUCAGGCAAACUUUACUGCUCCCUGGAGGGCCACUAUGACGAAGUGACCGAGCUGGUCAUUCUCAGGGGCUCCGCCGGAUCAAGCGAGCGCGUUUGCAGCGUGAGCAUUGAUGGCACCGUCAGGACGUGGCCUUUGGACAAGGCUAGCCUAGAUGCUGCCGUUGAGGAGCAAAAGAAGCCUAUCAAGCCCGCAGAGGAGGAGAAGCCCGAUGGUGAAGGGCUAUUGACGGCUGAUGAAGAGGCCGAGCUUGCCGCCCUGAUGGAGGAUGACGAUUAAAGUGGACCACGACCUAUGCAGCAUCCCAUCGAGGGCUCCUGCAUGAAAAAUGAUGAGGCAGCCGUUUCGAUGCUUUCCCGUAUCUCGAUGCCUGACCCUUGGCCGAGUCGGUCACGCUCCUGUCUGGAUUGGGGAGAUUCUUUCUCGUGAACGGGUACACUGCGUCAGUGGCUGUCAGGACCAGACCUCCAAGGACCCUUUCGCGCUCCGUGAGUCCAUCAAUUUGCGGCAACCAUAUGCGGUUAUCCGUUCAGCUUUACGGAUGCGCGCACUGGCUGGGGCUGUGGUUGGUUCCAAGGAACAUGAACAGGCUCUCGUUUGCG